AGUUCUCAAUCGUAAACAAUAAUAAACUCGCAUAAAAGCACACCAGUCUGUAUCAUGAGACAUGAGACGAUAACUGCUGAAAGUGUAUUAAACCAAUCGAAAUUACACCGUUAUGGAUAUUCCGGGCGUGGCUCAACUAUUUGAUGAAAUCGACAAGAAGUUGGUUGUCUACUUGCGUGAUGGUCGCACACUCAUUGGCAUCCUGCGCACCAUUGACCAGUUUGCAAAUCUCGUUCUUCACCGCACCAUAGAGCGGAUACAUGUGGGAAACAAGUACGGCGAUAUCGAAAGAGGAGUCAUCAUCAUUAGAGGAGAAAAUGUUGUCUUAUUGGGAGAAUGGGAUGAGGAACGCGCUCGUGUAUCAGGGCUACACCAGAUAUCAGUUGAGGACAUAUUGGAUGCCCAGCGAGAAGAGCAGCAGCAACAACAGCAUCAGCAGCUUCUUCGUGCCAAGUUUAUGAAGGAGCGAGGCCUAACUUUAACGCCUGAAAUUGGUCCUGAUGAUAUGUAUUAGCUUUUUCUUGUUGAUAUAACAAGUCGUGAAUGUGUUAACGUUAUUAUUACUUGAUGAGCAGCACCGCGCCUCGAGUACGAGCUUUGUACUAGUGCCAGCAACAUUAGGAUGAAAUAAGGUGAUUACCAAUGUGAUGCAGAUUGGGUAGAUUCAAACCUCUCUACUUCAGUAACAAAAGUAAGGAAAUUACUUAUAUGCGAAUAAAGUAAUGAAGAUAACUGAACAACACGUGUGACGGCGUGGGUUGACGUUUAAUGUUGCUACUCAUUUUUUACGAUGCAAGUAUUGCAUCCAUUUAUUCAUCUACGUUUUCUAUAAGUUUCAAAUUAAAUUUGGCCAUCAGAUACUUUCAUUCUCUCUUGAUACUCCAGUCUAGUUCUACACAAGACAUUGUGGUUAGUAAAAGUAUGUAAACUUGGGCCUUACGCUGCUUAGGCUUACUCCUCAACAGUGAUCACAUUAUGUAUUCCCUUGUCGAACUUAUUUAUCAGGUUGAUCCCCUUAGUUACGUUCAUAGGUUUAAAUAAGUUUUACAAUUCAUAAACCAUGUAUUUCCGUUGAUGGCAUCGCACUUUUGAAAGAAGAUUACAUUGUAAAUGUAGCUACCGGGACAUGACGGCUGUGAAUUGUUUGUGUUGCAAGUAUAAGUAAGAAUUAAUUUGGCUCAAUUUCUUCCUCGAAUCGAUUUUUUUUUACACAUCAACAAAUAUCGCCAAAAAUUCUCACUGAUGCUUUGCAUAGGUAAUGAGAUGCUAAUGUCUCACAUGCGAUCACUGCAGGGGAUUAGUCACCGAUUAACUUGUAGGUCUCCCUCGUCAUUUUUCCUAUCCCUAAAACGCUGUCAAAUGCCUCCUGGAACAAAGAACCUGAAUAAUGCAACUCCUCGUGGACUAAAGAACUUAAAUAUAACACGUAACUCCGGGAUAGAUUUCGUUAUGUAUCAAUCUACAAGAACAAGAGAUAUGUUUGUCAUUAGCUGACGAUAACUUGCAACAUUCAGUACCAAAAAAACUAAUAGGCUCAUAUAGCGCAUUCAUUUCAAUGGAUAUGCCCUUUUUAUGGUGGAAAAUAGGUUGUCCGCUGAGCAAAAUCUCAUGCAAAUACUAUCAUUCCACUUGCAUCCGCUAGUAUUGAUUAUUAACACCGAAAAUAACCAAACUUGUAUAACAAAUCCUACAAAUAAGUAACAAAUCCUUUCUUCAACUUAACGAAUUAAUUGAAUAUAGUGAAAUCGAAUGUAUAAAUCUUAUUGAUUCGUAUAAUCAUGAACGAAAACGGUUGCGAAUUUUAGGGUUUUCAAAGUGACAAGAGUCUAAUGUAGAUACUAAUAAUGAAAAUCAUGUAUAUACACAAUAGCCUCCCGAUAUUUAUUAUUAAAGAAGAAAAUAACUCAGUACUUACUGCAGUGAAUCUUUUACUCAAUGUUUUGAAACAAGAAGAUUACAUUGUAAAUGUAGCUACCGGGACAUGACGGCUGUGAAUUGUUUGCGUUGCAAGUAAAUGUAAGAAUUAUU